AUGUCUUCACCUUCCACACCCUCGAUGGGCGGAUUGGCUCCAUCCAGUCUUGAGCAGAUAUUACGUCUCCGACAUGAGAGAAAUCAACGAACGCCAAAAUGCGCCCGGUGUAGAAAUCAUGGAACAGUUUCGGCAUUGAAAGGUCACAAACGUUUCUGUAAGUGGAAGGACUGCAUGUGUGCGAAAUGUACUCUAAUAGCAGAAAGGCAGAGAGUUAUGGCUGCACAGGUUGCUCUACGACGUCAACAAAGUCAAGAGGAAAAAGAAGCAAAGGAUCUUCAAAUUCUUCUUGGAGGAAACGCUAGCGAACUGUUGGAUAUGCUGCGAAAAAACGAGCAAGAGACGUUAGCCACAGCCCUCGACAAUGACGGUGGGUCAUUCAUUAAUCAUGUAAUGAUACACUUCAAACACAACUAACU